UCCCAUAGUCCACACGCGAAAGCGGUCCAAGUACAUGUACGUCCUAGUCCUAAAAAUAAAAUCCAAAAGAAGUGGACUUUGCUUUUCUGAGUACGGAUUGUUGUUCGUUAUCUGUGCGAGCUGCUUCUACCAAGGCCUCUGUUCCAUUUUGUACGGGGACCCGUCCACAGGUUGCUAUCCACCAUGGUUGUACUUGCGAGAGCGAUCAGUUUCCUCACGGCCAACUCCACCUUAGUUGGCCUCGUCUGCCUCACAAUAACCUUCAUCUAUCUACUCAACAAGAUCCUCAACAAACUCAUGAUCACCUCAAAUUCUCCUAACCCGUUUGCCAUGGACACCAGGCGGCCUCCACAGCCCCUAGAGAAGGACCAUGCAGUCAAGGAUAAAGUCCUCAAGCAGGGUUUCACUGCACAGAAGAUUCCUGACAAUCUGGAUGCCAUUGUGAUCGGUAGCGGGAUGGGCGGUCUGACUACCGCCUCUAUCCUGUCUCGUAUCGGCAAGAAGGUCCUAGUCCUAGAACAACAUGACCAAGCUGGGGGCUGCUGUCACAUCUUCAGGGAGAAAGGCUACGAGUUUGACGUUGGCAUCCAUUACAUCGGUGAGAUGGCCAACAACACCAUCUCCAAGGUCCUAGUUGACCAGCUGACCGACGGCCAGUUGCAGUGGGAACCCUUGGACGAGACCUUUGACACUGUGGUCAUCGGUAAAGAAGGCAAACAGCGUCGGUAUCCGAUCAAGAGCGGACGGAAUGACCAGUACCGCAAGGCUCUGCUGGAAAGCUUCCCUGGAGAGGAGAAGGCCAUUAACAAAUUCAUGAAGAUGUUGCGGACGGUGAAGAGACAGUCUCUGAUUGCUGGAGCUUUGAAGCUUAUCCCCAAGAAAGUCUGUGAUUUCCUGAUCCAUUACGGCAUCAUCAACUUGAUCUCAUCCUACUUUACCUAUGCUGAUCGCACUCUGAAAGACGUCAUGGACGAGCUGACCGACAACGAAGACUUGAAGGCCGUAUUGUCCUACAAUUUUGGAGAUUAUGGCACUCAGCCCUCCAAGACCAGCUUUGCCAUGCACUGCCUCCUCGUCAACCACUUCUUGAAGGGCACCUUCUUCCCUAUAGGGGGCGCUAGUGAGAUCGCCUACCAUAUCAUACCUACCAUUGAGCGUUCUGGAGGGAAGGUGCUGGUCCGUGCACCAGUGACGGAGAUUCUGCUGGACAGUGAAGGGAAAGCGUGUGGUGUGAAGGUUAAGAAGACGUCGGGUGAUGUGGACAUCCAUGCUCCCAUGAUCAUCUCAGCUGCUGGAGUUUACAACACAUUCCAGAAACUUCUGCCCUCCAAAGUCACGUCUGCUCAGAAACCUAUCGAGAAGCGUCACAAGGGAGUUCAGCACGGCGUUGGUGCCAUGUCGGUCUUCAUCGGCCUGAAGGGAACCAAGGAAGAGCUCGGACUACCAGCGGGUCAGAUCUGGGCUUUCACAGAUAACGACCAUGAUAAGAGUCUGGAGGAGUACAUCAACCGAAGCGCUGAGGAUGCAGGGAAGGACGACAUCCCACUGCUAUUCAUCACCUUCCCAUCCGCUAAAGAUCCUAGCUGGGCUGAAAGAUACCCAGGCAAGUCUACCUGCACCAUGGUGACCCUAGCCAAGUGGGAAUGGUUCUCUAAGUGGGAGGAAGGCAAGAUGUCCAAACGCGGCGAAGAGUACGAUAAGAUCAAAGAUGCUAUCGGUGACAAGAUGUGGGAACAGUGUCUAUCCUUCUACCCUCAUCUGAAAGAUAAGGUGGAGUAUUUCAACGUUGGUAGUCCAGUCACCAAUAAGUACUACAUCCAGUCCAUGAAGGGAGAAAUCUACGGCUUGGACCACAACAAGGAACGCUUCAGCUCCAAGACCUGGCACACUCUGCGUCCAGAGACUGACAUCCCUAAUCUCUACCUGACCGGCCAAGAUGUGAUGACCUGUGGUUUUUGUGGGGCGAUGUUCUCGGGUCUGAUCAGCUGCUGCAAGAUUCUGGGUCGCAACCUGAUGGCUGACGCCGCAGCCCUGAGAAAGAGGAUCAUCAAGCAGAAAUAACAUGGAGAACAAGUCAACCUUGUACCCUUGCAGUUGACUCAGAUCAACUAGCAAGAACAACAAUUUUGGCAAAUGUUUAAUUCUUUCUAAGGAGAGCAGCUAGAAUUUUGCUAUCUGUUUUUAAUUAUUUGUUAAUUUUUUUCCAGAGAGUUACAAAAUUAUAAAUAUAUUAAGCACUUUCACGGUGAUAUGUGCCAUCUUGCUUACGGGGCAAAUUUACACAUGUUAGUUGUUACUGUCUACGGAUCAUCAUUUGAAAACUUUUGCACUUCCAAGUCAUCAUGGGUUCAUUCCGAAAUGUGCCCAUGAAAGUGCUACAAUAGGUACCUUUUGUUCAAACCUAAUCAGACGCCAAACUCAAACUGUCGUUUA